AUGGAGGAGGCCUUUUGGUUGGAGGUCAAGCUCCCGGACGUUGCAUAUGCAUUACGAGUUCAUUGCGACACAAGCCAAAACACAAAUUUACUAGAUGCAAUAUCCGAAGUUACUACAAUGGCGGACCCCUACGAUGCAUUUUCAAAACUGAAGGGAUACCAAUUUGGUACGAAUAAUGUAGUCAGUAUCAAUAAAGAAAUGGUCAAGAACGACUUUGUGAAUGCGUCUGCAUUGAUUAAUAAAGCAAAAAAGAAGGCCAGAGAAACUGAUUUGUACUUAAAAAAUCUACAUGAAAAAGUAUUGCCAAGGUGUCAAUCUGCAGAUAUCACAAGUGACAUAGUUAAAAGAGAUAUAUAUGCAGAUAUUCCAUCAAAAACCGUACCGCGGCUUAAACCUGAUCUUAAGGAAAAUUUAGGUAAAAAUAUCCAUGCCAAUAAUGAAAAUUCAAAUAUAAUUUCGAAACCUAGGUCUUCAACUCAAGAAAAACGUGUUCAUUUUAACAACCGUUCGGGAUAUUUAGGUAGAACGAACAAUCCUCAUCAAUUGAACGACUCUUCUAAAUCAAUUGAACGGUUAUCAAAAAAUGACCGGCAAAAUGUUAGUAUAACGAAUGUGAAUUUUGAGGCUAAUAUUUCAGAUGGAAAAUAUAAUAAUGAUUGUAAAGUAAACAAAUUAACGGUGAGGCGAAUUCCUAGAAUUGAUUUAAAAGCUGAUCUAGUCACUCAAAAAUUAACUAACAUUCAAAUAAAACCAGAUAAUAAAAAGCUCUCACGUAACUAUAAACCUAAUGUAGCUUACCAAGAGUUCGCUUUUGGAUUAGAUCCGGAAACAUGCAAAUGCCAUUCAGUAGUUCAGCCAAAAACAUCCAAUGAUAAAAUAGUUGCUCGUCAUGAAAUACAUAAAAUUAUAUGUGGAAUGUUAGAUAACACGUCGUCAAACUAUUGUCUAAGCGAUCGAUUAAUUAGUCAAUUACAAAAAAUAAUAAGCAAGUUGGAAAAAACAAAAUCCUUGGAUUAUAACGAUUCAAGUGAAGUAGAAGAUCUUAUUGAAGAACACAGUAUGGUUGGUUUUAGUGAAGAAGUAAUAAAAAAAAGACUAUUGGAAAUAGCCGACAAUAUAGUAGAGAACGACAUUGAUGGAAUUUCAUUUGAACAAAUGUCUGUAGAAAUAGAAAACAAUUCUCAUCAAGUAUUAAAUCGACUAACUAAGAUUAAAAACUCUAUUGUGGCAUUAAAUCCAUUAGUAGAAUUUCCAAAUUUACCAACAGACAAUAAACUUGAUGAUGCAGUAAAAUGUGUUGAUGAAAAUCUUACAAAUUAUCAUCCUAGCAAUAUUAUAUCCUCAAAAAAUCAACAUGAAAUACCAUCAACCGGAUGUGUCAGUGUAAAAGACUUUUUGCGUCAUGGUUGUAACUUCACAAGUUUGGAAAUGUUUAAAAAUGCAUCAGUUAUAAAGGAAUGUGGUUCUCAAAUUACAUUAUGCUCUAACGACAACAUAAAUCAAAAUAAAAAUAUAUUUAAGACUCAAAAUGCUUUGAACAAUCAGAACAAUAUAUCUCAACUGAAAAAGAAUCAACUAAAAUUUCAAGAUCAGAGUACAUUAUUUGAAGAUCCUGUAUCAUCUCGACCUCAAUCAAGCCAUUCAAGUAUAAUAUUAAAACAUCAACUGAAGCCAUCUGAUGAUGAAAAUCAAAAUAAUGAUAAAAAUGAUGGUUAUAUGACUACGACAAAUGGAUAUGAUUGGGAAGCUGAGAAUAGUUUGAAGAUAAAUACAGUUUGUAAAACCAAUAAUGACACAAUAUUAACUAAAAGCGAUCAAUUAACUCAAUUUGAGAAGGAUAAAAACACAAAUAUGUUGAAGAUAAAUACAAAUAUUGAACAUUUACCUAUAAACGAUACCAGUAAGGAUUAUGGUAAUCUUCAAUCAAACAUACAAGAGUGGCAAUUAAGUUCUUUAUCAUCAUUGACAUCCAAUAACUAUCAACAAACAGAUGAAGUACAAAUUCUAGACAAAAAAACAGAAAGUUCUGCUUCAACUACUUCUUCAAUGAUUUCAUUGAAAGAGUCUACUCAAGAAGUUGAAAGUGAAGCUGAAAGUUUAACUAGUCUUGGAGAAGUUAACUAUUUUUCUAAAUGA